CCAAUGUCUUUCAAAAGGAGAUCCAAUUCCAAAGCAAAGCUCAUUAAUAAAGUUGACCCCAUUCUUGGACAAGGAUGGACUGUUGAGAAUCGGGGCCGCACAUCCUCAGCAAACUUGCCCUUUGAUGACAAACACCCUUUAAUCAUUCCCAAAUCUCACGUUGCUACCUUGUUGGUAAGACACUAUCACGAGCAAGUCGCACAUCAAGGAAGACAUUUCACAGAAGGUGCUGUUAGAUCAGCUGGACUGUGGCUAAUUGGGGAAAAGAGACUUGUGUCAAACGUGAUACAUAAAUGCAUUUUCUGCAGGAAAUUAAGAGGGAAACUGGAGGAACAAAAAAUGUCUGACUUGCCACAGGACAGACUUUCUCCAGAACCACCGUUCACACAUGUCGGCCUAGACAUUUUCGGCCCAUGGACAGUGAUCGCCAGAAGAACAAGAGGAGGUCAUGCUGAAAACAAACGUUGGGCAAUCAUGUUCACGUGCUUGAGCACCAGAGCGGUGCACAUUGAAGUGAUAGAGUCCAUGACCACGGCAAGCUUCAUUAAUGCACUCAGACGUUUUGCAGCAAUCAGAGGACCUGUGAAAACACUUCGUUCUGAUCGAGGUACAAACUUCAUCGGGGCCUGCAAAGAACUCAGUUUUAACACCGAUGACUCUGAUUUGAAAACUUACCUUCAAAACAACAAAUGCACCUGGACCUUCAAUCCCCCUCACUCCUCUCACAGGGGUGGAGUGUGGGAGAGAAUGAUCGGUGUUGCAAGACGCAUCCUGGAUGCUCUUCUCCUAAAAAAGAAAACAUCCCUCCUCACACAUGAAGGUCUUAUCACUUUGAUGGCAGAGGUCACUGCUGUUAUGAACUCCAGGCCCUUGGUGCCUAUAUCUUCUGAUCCAGAAGAACCAACAGUUCUCACUCCAUCAAUGUUGCUGACGCAUAAGGUGGAGUCGCUGUCAGCUCCUGUUGGAGAUUUUGAUGCCAACGAUCUGUCCAGCAAGCACUGGAGGAAAGUUCAGGGCCUUGCUGAUGCGUUUUGGAGAAGAUGGAGACUGGAGUACUUGGCCACACUUCAACCCAGGAGGAAGCGGCAUGCUGUGAAACGUGACCUGCAGGAAGGAGAUGUUGUCCUUCUUAAGGACGCACAGGCCAAAAGAACAGACUGGUCGACUGGACUUGUUGUUAAGACUAUACCUAGCCAAGAUGGUAGAGUGCGGAAAGUUGAAGUUAAAGUAGUCAGACAGGGUACACCUAAAGUUUACUUGAGGCCUAUCUCAGAAAUAGUUUUUCUCUUUCAUAAUCCCAGUACAUAGUGGUAUAAAGUGUUAUACCAGGCGGGGAGUGUGCUGCUUCUGUUCUUGUAGCUAUGCACCACCAGGUGGCGCUUCAUAGUUUGACCUUGGUUAUAAUUCCUGAUGUGAGUUUUGAGCCUUGCAGGCAUCCGUAGCUACUUCCUGUUCUGUUCUGCAACCAACAAGUGAAUUCGUGGCAGAGUCUUCAGAGUUAUUAUUGUUGUUCCCCGUUUUCUCAAGAGUGAGGAAAAUAUAUGCCUUUUUACAGUAUUCAUGUGGAGACAAUAAAGCGUGGCCUGAACCCACAAAACGUU